AUGUCUAUGUUUGAGGAGGUCACCCAGGCCGUAGCUAGAGAGCUGAACCCUGGAGGGGAUCUGAUACCCCUAGACAGCCUCAUCGACUUCAAUCGCUUCCUUCCUUUCUGCCUGGUGCUGCGGGAGAGGAAGAGCACACCAUUCUGGGGAGCCCACUAUGUCCGCACCGACUACACUCUCCUGGAUUUGCUGGAGCCGGGCAGCUCCCCCUCAGAUCCAACAGACAGUGGCAACUUUGGCUUUAAGAAUGAGUGGGAUGCCCAACUAGAGGGAUAUGUGGAAGUGCCAAAGACGAUGAAAAUAAAGGGGACUGCAGAACUGUCACAAAGGAGCACACUGGAGCUGCAGACAUGCAGGGUGGCUCCCAAGGAUCUGGAGAAAUGGAAGGAGAGGAAACUGUCAGGAGACCACCCAUUCCUGAAGGAGAUGCGGGAAUACGGGAAGAACCUGUAUAUGGUGGUGGAGGUGGUGAAAGCCAAGCAGCAAGUCACUCUGGAGAAAACUGCCAAGGCAAAAGGCCACUUCUCUCUCCGCCGCAUGGCCACACUGAUACUAAAGGGAUCCGUGAAAGACAACAAGGUUGUAACCAUCCCCAAGGACUGUGUCCUGGCCUAUCGAGUGAAACAUCUGAUGGUCAAUGGGAAAGAUGAGUGGUACAUUCCACACAUUUGCAAUGGCAGCAUGAAAACCUUCUUUGAGCCCAGGGAGGUGGCUUGCAGUGCCCUCUUAUCAUCUGCCCGGAGGAUAUCUGAAAAGCCAGAGGAAGAGAAGCUCAUUCGUAAGUGGGUGCCUGACACAUUAACUUUGUCCAUAGACUUCGACACCUUAAAGAAAGAGGUUCAGCGAGAGACUCAAGAAGUGGAGAAGUUGAGUCCAGUGGGGCAAAGCUCCCUACUCACUUCCCUAAGACAUCUCCUAAGAAAGAAGAAAGAGCUACAGGACCUUAAGCAGAAGCUUGAAGGGGCUCUACACAAGGGACAGGAAGUAACUCUGGAUGCACUGCCCAAAGAUGUCCAGCUGUCAAAGGAAGCUAUAAACACAUACCUCUACAUCCUUAUGACUCUGAUAGAGCUACAUAAAGAACAACUGAAGAUUCUAGCAAAAUACUUAGAGAUAAAGAUCCUCAGAGUGCAACUGAAGCUGGUUGAGAGCAUCUUGGAGCAGAACUUCCUGCAGGGUAAAGAGGGUGUUUUCCCCCUGCAGCCUGAUCUGCUCUCCUCCCUCGGGGAGGAGGAACUGAUCCUAACAGAAGCACUGGUGGGACUAAGCGGCCUGGAAGUCCAGAGAUCANGCCCCCAGUACACGUGGGAUCCAGACACUCGCCNCNACCUNUGUGCCCUCUAUGCUGGUCUCUCCCUCCUUCAGCUGCUAAGCUAG